CAUGGCUGUCAACACUUGGACAUACCUCCCUGAAUGAGCCUUAGUGCUACAUUCUCUACAUUGUGUUCCGUCACCGUCAGCCUCGCUGGCCCAGCGUCAAACUGCUGUCCCGCUCUGGAAUAUUCAGGGGCUCUCGCGCAGGGCUGCUGCACUAGCUGCUAAUAUUAACAGUUGAGUCACUGAGCUCAGAGGGGGGGGGGUCAGAGCUUUCUGGAAACCUGGUUGUAACUAUAUAAGCAAAGGGCCUGAGUCUGUGCAGGCAUCAGAAGAAGAAACAGCAGCAGAGACAGAGGCUGAUACAGAAGGAGACUCAGGAGGUCUUCAACAUCUGAACAGAGUUACUACUGAAAGAAGUUCUUGAAGAUUAAACAACAUGUCUUCAGCUAAGGGAAUAUCCAUUGGCAUUGAUCUGGGCACCACCUAUUCUUGUGUGGGAGUUUUCCAACACGGCAAAGUGGAAAUCAUUGCCAAUGACCAGGGCAACAGGACCACCCCCAGCUAUGUGGCCUUCACCGACACCGAGAGGCUCAUUGGAGAUGCUGCUAAGAACCAGGUCGCCAUGAACCCCUCUAAUACAAUCUUCGAUGCCAAAAGGCUCAUCGGCAGAAAAGUCAAUGAGCCAGUGGUGCAGUCUGACAUGAAACUCUGGCCCUUUAAGGUGAUCAGUGAUAAUGGAAAACCCAAAGUGCAGGUGGAGUAUAAAGGUGAGACAAAGGCCUUUUAUCCAGAGGAGAUCUCGUCCAUGGUCCUGGUUAAAAUGAAGGAGAUUGCUGAGGCCUACCUGGGACAGAGGGUGUCAAAUGCAGUCAUUACAGUCCCAGCUUAUUUCAACGACUCUCAGAGGCAAGCCACCAAGGACGCUGGGGUGAUAUCAGGUCUGAAUGUUCUCAGGAUCAUCAACGAACCCACAGCAGCAGCCAUCGCCUAUGGUCUGGACAAAGGCAAAAGAGGAGAGCGAAAUGUUCUCAUCUUUGAUCUUGGUGGAGGCACCUUUGACGUGUCCAUCUUAACAAUUGAGGACGGCAUCUUUGAGGUCAAAGCCACCGCAGGAGAUACACACCUCGGUGGGGAGGACUUUGAUAACCGGAUGGUCAACCACUUUGUAGAGGAAUUCAAGAGGAAAUACAAGAAAGACAUCAGCCAAAAUAAGAGAGCAGUCAGGAGGCUUCGGACAGCCUGUGAAAGAGCAAAGAGGACUCUGUCCUCCAGCACACAGGCCAGCAUUGAGAUCGACUCUCUGUUUGAAGGAAUUGACUUCUACACCUCGAUCACAAGGGCUCGGUUUGAGGAGCUCAACUCGGAGCUCUUCAGGGGAACACUGGAGCCUGUUGAGAAGGCGCUGCAAGAUGCUAAACUGGAUAAAUCCAAGAUCGAUGACAUUGUCUUGGUUGGUGGCUCCACGAGAAUUCCCAAAAUCCAGAAGCUCUUGCAGGAUUUCUUUAAUGGAAGAGAACUGAACAAAAGCAUCAACCCAGAUGAAGCAGUGGCAUAUGGUGCAGCGGUCCAGGCUGCUAUUCUUAUGGGUGACACCUCAGAAAAUGUUCAAGACUUGCUGCUGCUGGAUGUGGCUCCUCUGUCUCUUGGUAUUGAGACUGCAGGUGGAGUAAUGACGCCUCUCAUCAAACGUAACACCACCAUCCCCACCAAGCAAACCCAGAUCUUCUCCACAUACUCAGAUAACCAGCCUGGUGUGCUGAUUCAGGUGUAUGAGGGUGAGAGAGCCAUGACCAAGGACAACAACCUGCUGGGCAAGUUUGAACUCACCGGUAUUCCUCCAGCUCCCAGGGGUGUACCACAGGUGGAGGUGACCUUUGACAUUGACGCUAACGGCAUUCUGAAUGUGUCUGCUGUGGACAAAAGCACCGGCAAAGAGAACAAGAUCACCAUCACUAAUGACAAGGGCCGCCUGAGCAAAGAGGAGAUCGAGAAGAUGGUGCAGGAUGCCGAGAAGUAUAAAGCUGAAGAUGAUGUACAGAGGGAGAAGGUCGCAGCCAAGAACUCCCUGGAGUCAUACGCCUACCAUAUGAAGAGCAGCGUGGAGGAUGAGAACAUGAAAGGAAAGAUAAGUGAAGAGGAUAAAAAGAUGGUCAUCGACAAGUGCAACCAGACAAUCUCCUGGCUGGAGAACAACCAGCUGGCUGAGAAAGAGGAGUACGAGCACCAGCAGAGUGAACUGGAGAAAGUGUGUAAGCCGGUUGUGACCAAGUUGUACCAGGGAGCAGGUCCAACUGGAGGCUGCAGUGGCCAGACCGGAGGCAACUCCAAGGGCCCCACCAUUGAGGAAGUCGACUAAAAGUAAUGACUUCAACUGAAGCUAUGUUUACAGAUACACUAUAUCACUGUUUGGUACAACAAAGUCCUAUUUUCACUGUUUUUUUUUCUGACUUCUUAAAAUAAAAGUUCUAUAUACAAACUCUCUUUGACUUUG